AUGAAUCGUCUACGGGUUGCUGUUGGCAUAUCAGGAGGUGUUGAUAGCGCAGUUUCUGCAUGGCUUCUGAAGAAAAAAGGAUUCGACGUCAUUGGCGUAUACAUGAUCAAUUGGGAUCCUGUGGAGGAAGGAUCAGCCGCUUGCUCACGGACGAAAGACGAAUUCGAUGCUCGCUACGUUUGCGACAGGCUGCACAUUCCCUUCAGUACUGUCAGCUUUGUUAAAGAAUAUUGGAGCGAUGUAUUUACGUAA